CGUACUUUCACGCAUGCGCAGUAGCCUCAGGUAGCGAGGUAGUAGCCAAGUAGACGUUAGCAGUGUAUUAAAGUACGUGGCACCAAACUUUUGACAUGAUGGAAGUAGCAGCAUUAGUCGCUUUGACCUUAUUAUUGGGUGCACUGGUUAUACUCGUCGCAAUAGCGGUAGGUAAAAGGAAAGAAGAAAUAAGGGAGGAAAUAGAGCAAGCGGCGGAGUUGACCGCUGACGGCAGUGCUGCAAAGGUUCCUGCGUCCAAGAAACCAAAGCAGGAGAAGCUGCGCGUCCGAAAGGAUAAAGCCUCGCAGCACACGUUCAGCCACCAGCUGCUGGCCGCCUCACUGAAGAGCCACAGUGCGAACGUGACGUGUCUGGACUUCAGCAGUAACGGGAAGUAUCUGGCGUCCUGCGCUGACGACCGCACCGUCCGGAUCUGGAGCACCAAAGACUUCCUGGAGCGGGAACACAAGUGUCUGCGCGCCAACGUGGAUCUGGAUCACGCCACGCUGGUCCGCUUCAGCCCCGACUCCAGGGCAUUCAUCACCUGGCUGGCUAAUGGAGACACCAUUAGAAUAUUCAAAAUGACCAAAAAGGAGGACGGCACUAUGAACUUCAAAGCUGCCCCGGAGGACUUCCCACUGAAACACAAGGCUCCCAUCCUAAACAUCGGCAUUGCAGAGACAGGUACAUCUGAAACGUCUUAAAGUCAUGUUUGGAUUUGUAGAUACUGUUUGUAUUAUUAUUGUAUGUUUAAACUUAACUUAAUUGAGUUUUUUUUAUUUGCACUAUGACCUGAAAACAAGCGAGCUAAACAACCAAAAAGAGACACAGAGGACUUCAGAGACACAAAUCUAUUGUAAAAUGACGACAAACUGAAGCAAAAUGACUAAAAAGUUACGCAACCCUCAUACUAGUGUUGAUAAUUGGUACCCAGACUGGUUUACUGUGAUUCUGAAUGAAUGCAAGUUAACGUCUAAAGACAAAAAUCCCAAAGUGACCACAGCAUUUGAAUCCUCUAGUUCAGUGGUCGCCAACCAGUCGAUCGCGAUCGAACGGUCGAUCGCGAGUGUG